AUGGUUCUUGGAAGAGGUGUGAACAAUGGGAAUGGUAGUAGAGGUGGAGGUAGAGGAAGAAGUGGAACCACUGGUGUACUUCCUGGUGUUGUCAUUACAGAAAGAAAUCCAAACAUUGGAGUGGAUCUUGGAACAAAUAAAGGUGCAAAGAGUGGGAAGGGUAAAGAGCCAAUAGUUGGGAAAGUCAAAAUACCAAUGACAAGGUUUGGAGGUGCAGAAUCUAUAGCCCCAAGGGUGGGUCUGCCAAUACCACAGGGUUGGAGGAGAUCCACAAGGAUAGGGAAUGCCUUUUUUUGGAAUCAGGCAGCAAGUUCAUCUGCAGCAUCAUGUGGCAGUGGUAGUGGAAGUGGCAGUGCCACAAUGCCAAACACUCACAUUCCAAGGCUAGACUCCCAAGGAGCAACUUCAACACCAAGUACCCAAAGAUCUGCCACUUGAAUCAACUUUAUCUUAGGCUUAUGGCUAAACUUUAGUACUGUGUAAUGGUUAGUAAUGUGUAAUAGUUUAAGUGGUACU